AUGACCGUCGGAACAAGUACACAGGGAGGCAGCAAGACGGGCGUCUACGCCGCCGCAGCAGCGCUGCGUCUGCUGCUCUUCGUCGCGUUCCCCGGCCUGCCUGACCUGCUUACCGGCCGCGUCGAGAUCUCGACCCCCGUCACGAGCUUCAAGCGAUUACAAGAAGGACUCUUUCUCUACAACCACAAUGUCUCCCCCUACGAUGGCGGCGUAUACCACCAGGCGCCCCUCUUCCUUCCCCUCUUCUCCCUCCUCCCGGACCUGAAGUCGUUCCCGAUCUUCACAUACCUUCUCUACAUCCUCGUCGACAUCCUGAGCGCGGUUGCCCUCUCCAAGAUUGCAGACUCUGGCGAAGCAGGGUCCUCUCGCCUCUUCUCCUCUCCCCGCCGCAGCAAGAGGUGGAGUGGCCUUGUCGUCGCAUCACUCUACCUGUUCAACCCCUUCACAAUAGCAACCUGUAUCGGCCGCUCCACCUCUGUCUUCUCAACAUGCGCCAUCCUCCACGCCGUCGCAAAGGCCAUUGCCGGCGCCCCUCUCAGCGCAAUGGUCUCCCUCUCCUUCGCGACCUACUUCUCAAUGUACCCCGCCCUCCUCCUCCCGCCCCUCGUCCUCCUCGCCUACGACCGCCAGGACCCGACCCGACGCACCGCCUCGACCCCGCGCUUCGCCCUCGCAAACGUCUCCGUCGUCGCCGCCGUCGUCGCCGCCCUCUUCGCAAUGUCCUUCCUCCUCACUGGCGGCUCCUGGGAGUUCCUCUCCAGCACCUACGGCGCCCAGCUCACCCUCAACGACCUGACGCCCAACGUCGGCCUGUGGUGGUACUUCUUCGUCGAAAUGUUCGACUCCUUCCGCCCCUUCUUCCUCGCCGUCUUCUGGCUCCACCUCUCUAGCUACGUCGGACCCCUGACGAUCCGCAUCCGCACACAGCCGCUCGUCGUGCUGACGCUGCUCCUCGGCAUUUUUGCCAUCUUCAAGCCGUACCCGUCCAUCGCGGACACGAGCUUGUUCCUGGCGAUGCUAUCCCUCUUCCGGCACGUGUUCCCGCUCAUGCGGUAUACCUUUGUCGGCGCCGCGACAAUCAUGUACGCUUCGUUUCUCGGCCCGGCUUUUUACCACCUGUGGAUCUAUGCCGGUAGCGGAAACGCGAAUUUCUUCUACGCUAUUACGCUGGUGUGGAGUUUGGGACAGAGCUUGCUCGUCAGCGAUCUGACGUUUGCGGUGCUGCGUGACGAGUGGGAGGUUGAGAGGCCCGAGAUGGUUGGAAAGGAGAUUCGACAGAUCUGA